CCUUAAGAGCGGUGCAGUGCAGUGGCGGUUGCAGUUGAUGCAGUACUUCGCGCUGGAGGUGGGCGUUACUUGAACUCCGACAACCUCUUCAAACUCUUUCAAUCAAUAUUGAUUCCUAAUUGAUCUCGUUAUCACUGGCGCCCACGGUCAUAGCAAGCUCUGCCACGUUUGAUCUCUUGUCAGUCGUCCGAGAAAGCUGUUUCAAGGACCUUAUCACUAAGGUGUGGCUCAAGGUGUUUAUUGUCCACAGUCUAAACAAAGAUAAAUAAAAAUGGAGGAAUCUCCUGCAGAUCAAAUUGUCAUGACUCCCAAAUGUAAAACAGCCAACUCCACUACACUAAUAAUUGAAAGAAAGAGUAAGGCAACUCUGAAUGGCGAUGGAACAAUGCAUGUUGCUGGAGGAGAUCACAAAGGCAUUGUCAUUAAUAAAACUGCUCAGAGUGAUCUUGUGUGUGACAUACCAGCACAAUUAUCCCUCGAGUUCCGUGUCUUCCUUGUAAACGCACAAACAGGAAACCACACCCAGGAGAGCAGGUUGCUCCAGUUCUGGUUCAUUUCUUCAUUACCUGAUUGGCAACAGCCUCAAGUUGCCCAAGAGUUUUUCAAGGAAUUGGUCAGCCCUCAAGAAUUUCCAAGAGACUAUGUUGGUUUCAUAAAAAAACUUAUGAAGUUAAUGCAGCACCGUUAUCCCAGCAUUCGCCGCCUUGAGAUUGAAUUGCGGCAACUUGAGUCGGCUGCUCCACCAACAAGACCUUUGUCAGCUGACGAAAGCAUUCUUGGACAACAAGUAGAACUAACAGAGGAAAAGGUUCUUGAGCUGAUUGAGUCAUCCUAUCCUAAUCCGAUCACUCUUCAAGAUAUUGCAAACUCACAUGGGUGGGAAGUGGAACUGGUAGCAUCAUGCAUAGAUCAGCUUCAAACAAAAGGGCUUGUGAAGGCUCUUGAACAUGGGGCUUAUACUAGAGUUGGACAGGCAGACUCAGAAAUACAGAUUGUCAAGCAAAUGCCAACAAUGGUAAGUGCCAAACAGCCCACGAUUGCUGUCAUAACUGCACAGUAUUGCGAGAAAAUUGCAGUAGAUGCCAUGCUUGAGAACAAGGAAACAUUUGUGCGGUACACCACUGUGGGUCUUCCAGCUGUUCAACUUCCUGAUGGAACUUUUUAUAAACCAACUCGAUUUGGAGAAUCCAACGUUUAUACUUUGGGCAAUAUUGGUGCCCAUCGUAUUGUGAGCACCAAGCUUCCUAGUGUGGGUCACACCAGAGAGGCCAUGACAGCUGCAGGGAAUACCACCACCAGAUUGCUAGGAACCUUCCAGAAGGUGGACUAUGUUUUCCUGGUGGGUGUUGGAGGCGGUGUACCUCAUUACACUGACUAUUCCAAGCAUGUACGAUUGGGUGAUGUGGUUGUUUCUCAUCCUAAUAAUAACUCAAAUGGUAAAAAGAAGUAUGUCUACACCUACUGUGGAUAUGUCAGAUGUAAUGAAGCUGAUGGAGAUUUUGAAUUUGAGACAAAGGAGUAUUGUCCGAGCAACUUGGUUCUGCAGUCCAUUGCAGCACAACUCAAAUCUCAGGAGGAAGAAUCUGUACCUUGGAUGCAAUACUUAAAUGAGGGCCUGAAAGGCAUUACUUCCAGUGAACAUGAACAUGAUUUUUCAAGGCCAGAUUCUGAAUCAGACAAGCUUUUUAUGUCUAUUGGGGAACGGGAUGUAAUUGAAGUGGCUCAUCCAUCUCCAGCUGAAGGGGUUACCAAGAGGCAGGAGGGAUGUCCUCGUAUUCAUUUAGGCUCUAUUGCCUCUGGCCGCAAAGUUGCAAGAGAGGACAUGCUGCGACAAAUGUUUUCUGCCAAAUACGGUGCCCUGGCAUAUGACUGUGAAUUUGAUGCUGUGAUUGAGAGUGUGCAAGGAAAUUGUCGAGACAGCUUUGCAGUAUUGAGAGGUAUUGCCGAUUACAAGGAUGGCGCUCGUCGUUCUGAGUGGCAGCCUUAUGCUGCUUUGGCUGCUGCAAGUGUCAUGAAGGCUAUGAUCUGUGGUCUCGAUGCACCAUCUGACGCAUAAAGCCAUUUUUAUUGCUUUGUAUUCUUCGCAUCACAAGAGCUUGCCUCCUUUUUUUUGAAAAAUAUUUAUAAUGUUAGUUGUAGUAUGUUUCUUAGCAGUAGUACUUUGCUCCAUUCAAGUAAGUGGCAGCGCUAGGAGAAUGUCCAAUGCAAACAGCAAAUUUGUGAAUUAAAAUCUUGUUUUUGUUCUCGUCAGUAAUGGGAUAGAAAAAUAUUGUCUGAAUGUCUCAAUGUUCUAUUGAAGUUGCUCUUAUUCAGUCUUUUGACCUAAUUCUUUUUGUACCAUUACUUAAAAUAGUAUUUAUUUUGAUGAUCUUUUACAAUUUAUUAAAUAUAUGUAAGUAAAUGUCACAAGCUGCACACUGCCUGGAAGAGAAAAUAUGUUGUUGGGACUGACACUGAACUGAGUGGCCUUUUAGAAUUCAAAACAGGGUGAUGAUUGAUAGACUUAACUCAUUACACAAUUUUUUCUUCCUUUCAACUUGUGUGUGUCUUUUUUUUUUCAAUUUUCUAGAAUACUCUGUUGUUGUGUUGUCUGCUGUGUCUUAUUGGUGUCACAUUCCACAUGCGUCAUCUGAACUUUAGUUAUGGGAGAAGAGAAUGUCAACCAAUCACAUGGAUUAUUUCAACACUUAUGAAUCGUACUUUGUUAGUUCUACAUCAUGGAUGACAAUCGAAAAAUUAAUUUGUAUCUUGAUAGGGUAGAAGUGUCGUGGUUGAUAAAUCAGGAGAUUACUUAUUUGUUUUAUUUAUUUACAGCUUUGUAAUGUUAGGGCGUAUGAGCUCAUGUAAGUUAUGAAAGUAUAUAUUCAUUCAUUGAAAAAUUUCUGCUCACAACGAAUAUUGUGCAUCUAUUACAUAGUUGUGUACUUUCUAAGUUCUUUCAGGCAUGACAGGUUAUUUGAUGUCAUAGCAGAAUUAUUCUCCAGCAAUGUUGUAAUACGUAACGUAGUGGAAUAGUUAGUGUACAAAUCACAAGUUUUUACCUCUAACAGUAAUUGUGAUGAAUGUUAAAAUUCAGGAAGUCUUUGCUAUCUUUUGAUAGAGAGUCUAGAAUUUUGGGCUCAGAAUUUUGUGGUACAUUUUGUAUUCUGGGUGACAUUGUGGUCCUAGUCAGUCGUCUGGUCUGUUCCAAUUUAUUCUAGUGGUACUGUGUGGAACUUUUACCAUUUUUAUCCGAUGUGUAUUUUGCGGUGAUGCUUGCAUGAAAAUCGGAGGCCAACAUACCUAUUACUUUAUUACUCUAGUGGUUUAUGGUUUAAUUUUUUGUUUUUUCCCCCUUCUCUAGUCGACAUUUUUGGGAGCUUUUGUGUUUUUCUUGACUUGUUUUGAUGUUGACAGCUCAUUUUUAUUGAUAGCCAACCUGUUGAAUUUGAGCACUUUUUAACACUUCAUGCCAUGCAUAUGAGAAGUUAAGUUUCACAUUCUUAACUAUGUUACUGUCUAAUGGGACUGGCAGGCCUCAUAUCUUGCCUUUUGCUAUUUUAUCUAUUGCCAACUCCUCCUUUUUGCUAACUAGACUAUUCUUCUGAAAUCAAAUUGCAGAGUUACCCCAAAACUGUUACUUGUUUGUUACUUGUUUGAAAUGACAUCUCAACUAUUUUUCUGGCAUGCAAACAUUAGGUUGUUGAAACCUUUAAGAAGAUUGCCUUGUCUAGCUUGUGUUGCUCUUGUUUGAUUUAUGUGAUUUUUAGUAUGUACUUUGAUUCUUUUUAAAUUCCAUGACAAGCUGUGUUACUGUGCCAAGUUGGGGAAUGCAUUUGUUACUUUUGCACACAAUCUUAAAGUAUGUGUUUUCUUUUGAGAUUGUAUUCUGUUGAUGAAUAUGUGUAUGGUAUUUGAUCUCAGAAGUAGGCUUUAAACCAAAGGAUCUUUUUUGAGCAAAAGACAAAAGUUUUCUUUCUCAUGGUGAAAAGAAUGUUCUGUAGGCUUAUGUCAUCAUCUAAUAACUGGUGAUAGAUUUCCUCUAUUUAUUUUCCUUUCUAUUUUGUGUAUCUAUAUUUGUGUUUUUCUCGUGUUAAUGGCUGUGCAGAGUCUUUGAUAGAGACUUACUAUCAACUUCUCUGGGCACUACAGCCUUUUCUCAAACUUGUACAGUGUUUUUAGGGAAAGUAAUCUCUAGGCUGUUAGAAAUCCUAGGUUUUCAACUUUUCUUGUCUAGCAGUACAUUUACAUACACAUUCACAAAUUAAUUCUGGAAACCUGUUACCUAAGUUCCUUUCUGUAUGUUCCUAGUUCCUGGGGUCAAAACCAAGUGUAAAGUGAGGAAGCUUUUUGCUUUGUUUGGCGGGUCUUUCAUGUUGUGGGCUUUGUCACUUGUAGAAAAUCUCAUUUUUGUAUUAAAUCUUGCCUUGUGUACCUAAUUUUACUUUCAGAACAAUAUUAUUACAUUAUUACUAUGACUCUUACAUAUCCAAAUGUAAUAAUUAUUCCAUUUAUGUUUUCACUAUAAAUGAGUCCACUUCUUAUCCUCCCUGUAUUAUUGAGGGAAAAAAUAAAACAUUUGCACUUA